GUCACAGCAGUAAUACAGCCGGCUUGAACCCUCGAUGUUUUUGCGACCUCUAGCUUCGCGAGGCGUCGCAGGACGCAUUACGGUAUAUCUGAAUCCUGAUCAACAUUGCAUGUACAGGGAAGGAAUUCCCCGCCAAUGUGGCGCUCCAUCCCCUCUUUUCACCACCCGCUCAUAUGUUCUCCCUAGCAAUGGAGCGUCUAGGAAUUGCUUCUACUUUAGUAGAGGUUGGGAUCCUGCCUAGGGCCCGGGAUUGUCGUCUUGCUGUCCUGUCAAAGCUUGUGUCCACACAAUGUUUCGCCGUGACACUGUACAUACUGCUGCGCAGUGAGAUAACAAAAAUAGCCUAGUAGACCCGUUUGCUCAAACUCCACAGGGGGGAAGUUGUUGGCAAGCGCGCACGUCGUUAUCGUUGCUCCCGGACACAUUGGGCCUCCAGCAAGCGUACAGGAUCAGUUUCUCGGUGCAGUUCCCUCACUAACAGCGUUGCCAGAAUCCAUUUGUAUUUAUCAGCCCACCUCAGGGAUAAUGUUCGCGUUGCCACUCUUCAUGCUUGCAAACAGCAGUGAGCCCGGGGCAGUUCCAACUGAAUAGUUAACGCCUAAUAUAAUACUCCAGUGGCCAACAGAGUGCCACAUGCACAGUGGUGAUGCCAGUACGAUGUCAGAGGGUUGUUCGAUGAUUAACACCAUCCGACCUUCAGGAGUCUCCUCUGAUGCUAUGCUACUAGUCUUGGUUUGGAUUUGCGCAGGUGCUUUGGCGAUUCAGCAUUACAAUGGAUCGCCGAUCGUUGCACUGAGCAGUACUCCAGUUGUACGUACCUCAUUAAUGUCAGCGGGUCUCCCCACGUACCCACCGAAUUCUCAAGGCGGGCCAAUCAUUUACUGCUCGUUGAAUUAUGUAGCUGUUGAAGUUCAGCCGUCCCCAAGUCCAGUUCUGUAUAUUUCCCCUCGAACACCUUAAUAUGGUAUUCCCCGAGGCUGCGAAACGUUCAGACAUAUACCUAAAUGCUAACCUGUUGGACCAAAGGUCCGCUUAACGCAGAUAAUCGACCUCGAAACGUCUACUCUCAU